AUGAUUCGAGGACACAUUUUGCUGACUGGUAUGUAUUAUGUUUUUGAGCAUUAGGUAGUCAUUAAUUCAAUUCAUGUAAAGAGUGAUAAAAGAUCUGUAUCGUCACAUCUCUUUGCUUUACAGUGAUAUGCACAGUAGCAGGCUUCAACAUUUUCACAAAACCAGUCAAGCAUUUUCAUAACAAUGAUACACUAUUUGGGCAAACUACUGUUCAGUCCAAAGAAGGGUAAGUCACUAUGGCAUCAUCUGCUAUAUGUUAUGUCAAAUGAAUUUGUGUUCAUGUCAUAUAGAUCUACAGUACUGUAUUACAUCUAGAUUAUUUUCUCCGUAUCCAUGUUCUCUUAUGUAAUUCAACAGGGUAUUGGUUCCAUCCCCAAAUUCUAGACCCCAGAAAGUAUUGCAUUGUGAUCUGGAAAACUGCAUGGAAGUCAAUAUCUCAGGUGAACUAUGUCACUCUUGCUAAUCCAAAUUUCAGAAGUAGGUUAAUUUAUUCUAGUACAUUUCAGGGCCUAUUUUUGUUAACCAUAUGCUGAAUCCAAGUCGACUUGUUUUGUAGCCAAUGCAAGUAAAGGACUCCGACCCAUUGUGGCAGUAACCAACAGUUUGACUGGGGAGAAGGAGCAGCACAUGGUAUUUAUUCUACGACAGUUUUUUACAUUCAUAGAGAUAACCUAUUUAACCUGCUGUGUUGUCUUUUAUUGAGUCAUUUCAUUUGCCAUUCACAAUAAGUCAGUCAUGAAAGUGUCAUGAAUUUUUAUGACAUUUGUCCAUGAUUUGUACAUGAUGACACAGUAUAUUGGCUGUAUGACAAAUAGUUAUAGUAGUUCAAGACAACUAAGAGCUGUGUUGUAUUUAAUUUAUGUGGAUAAAUGAGAGGGAGAGUGAGGGGUGAAGUAUUAGAGGGGGAGAGGAAUGGGCUGCAGGUCAGAUUGGUACCGUAGUUAAUUGUAUUGCAGUAAAUCACAUGAGAGUAGCAGCAGAAUCGUCGCCUAGUCAAUUACUUCUCAGCAAAGCCACAGCUUCCUCUUCUGUAGGCGUCAGACGCUACUAACGUCUGUAUUUCACAUGACUUCCCUUUCAUCAUGAAAGAUGGGCCCCACUCUUCCCAGAAACACCUUUUCCAAUGUAACUGAUUAUUUUCUGCUACUGUAAGAUUGUUUUUGCUAGAUGGACUCACAGAGUAGGACCACAUCUCUGGUCUGAAACAAUACAUAAUUGUCUUUAAGUCUAGCAUAGAAAUGCUUCCUCAAACUCUGUUGAUAAGAUUAUUGAGAGUGUACUCUGUGUCUGCUGCAGAUAUGUGUCACUGUGGUCACAUUCAGACAGACAACUGCAUGCACGCAGGCAUCCACAUCCGUUUUUUGAGCACAAGGUGUAGAAAAUACCAUACACUGUCCUGGUACCAUACAGUGUCCUGUCUGAAGAUUGAGAAAAAGUCACAGAUUUGUUUCCUGUUCCACUUCAGACAUCAUAUAUUUGUCCAGCGAAUGAAAUACAGCUCAAAUCGCCUUUAUCUUGGGCCCUAUGUUGCUCCAGGAAUGAAGAGCAUUAAGUCAGUAAGCAAGUUAUCUUGGACAAAGAUUCAUGUGACUUGCUCACAUGAGGAAGCCCUCGGCUCCGAGUCCAUUUUAGACAUCAGUUGAAUGGUGUUUCUAUAGCCUGCAGAAAAACUACUCCUCUGUGUACACUAUCAAACUGAUCGGGCCAUAGAGCUAUCCUGCUCAGCAGUAUGCCAUGUGGACUGAUGACUUGCUCUGCUCUCCUCUCACCAGGUCUGCCAACAGGUCAGGAAGCAGAAUAACUCAAAUGAUUAUCUCAAUGCAAACUGUACACUCCUGUCUGGCCUUCUGAAGCAUGAGGUUUAUUAUCCUGCCACGCUAGGUAGGCAUUCCUAUGAUAUUGAACCAAUGGAAACAGCUGUGAAAAAGUUAGAUCUCAGAUGAAGACAAUGGAAACAUACUGUACAUCAGCGCCAUAUAAAGAGUGUAAAGUUAGUAAUGAAUGUCUACAUUUUCUGAAUUUAAGUUGUAGAUCAAAUGGAAAGAAACAUCUCCAUCAAUGGCAACAAUCACAAUAACAAAAACAACAACAACAAUAACAACAACAGUGAUGAGGAUGAUGAGGGUGGUAGGUCUACAUUUAUUACAAAUACAGGGAAGUGAUGUGCAUGUGUUUUUUUUUGUUCAUGUACAAUAUCGCUGUUUUGUUUCUAGAUCCUGGGACUGAGAUUGCAUUUGUACUUGAUGGAUCUGGUAGCAUUAAUGUGACAGACUUUGAAAGGGCAAAACAUUUCAUCUCAACUGUGAUGAAAAAUGUUUGGGAGAAAUGUUUCAAUGUAAGUAUUGAUCCACAUUAAUGCACACUUCAACAAAAGAUUUGGUCAUAAAACUGUGCUUUCUCUAGAAUUGGCAUUAAAUAAAAUGAAUGAUAAUGCUUUAUUGUGAUAACAAAAAUAAAUAGCUCUUUCUUUUUAUAGUGUGAAUUUGCUAUUGUUCAGUAUGGCUCAAAAAUCAGAACUGAACUGUCACUGAAUGAGAAAGACGGGCCAACAGCUUUUGAAACGGUCAAAAACAUUGAACAGAUCAAAAACGCCACAAUAACUGCUUCAGCUAUAAUCUAUACAAUGUAAGUACCAUACUAUAGGCCCAUAUUUUUAUAUCAUUUAGAUUGCAAAUAUCAUUACAUUGUUGACAUUUGUUUACAUUUGUAUUUUCAGUGAACAUGUUUUUGUUCCUGAGAAUGGGUCCAAAGAGGACUCCAAGAAAAUCAUAAUAGUGGUGUCAGAUGGAGCAAUAUCCCUUUGGGAUAAGAAAAAUUUGCGAAGAGCAAAUGACUUGCUUGAAACAAACCAUAUCACCAGAUUUGCUAUUGGGGUGAGUGUUCUCUUUUGUGUAUCUUUUAAUUCAUCUUCCUGACUAAAGUAACAGGUUUAAUCGAUUCAAUGAAAAAGUUAACUUAUAUUCUGGUAUAUCAAGACAUAGAUUUUCUCUAUACAUUUAUGAAUCACAGGUUGGUAAUGAAACCAAAAUAGACGAGAUGAAGAAUAUUAGUGGCAGUGAGAGUAACCUGUUCUUGGUUGGUGACUAUAAAGCCUUGGAGAGCAUCCUCUCCCAGCUAGAGACCAGUAUCAUCAAAGGAAUCGAAGGUAACACUAAAAGGCUGUAAUCAUCAGUUUACAUUGUGUCCCAUUAUUGUCAUAUUCUGUAUGUGUGCAAUUUAAUGUAGGAGGUUUAGGGUAGUCUAACACUGACAGGCUGUAAGGUGCAUUUUGCAUCCUACUCCAUUAGAAAUAUUAUUUCUGACUCACUUUAUAACAAAAUGUUUGUGUUGCUUUGAUUUAUGAACCAGGAAUCAAGCAGGGGGAUGGCUUUCAAUUUCAACUCGCCGAGGCUGGAUUCAGCAACCACAUUGCACUUGAUGUAAGUUGUUUGGUUUUUAACUUUGUUUUUUUACACAUGGUUUUGUAGUUGGUUUAAGGCCAAAGUCUGCAGUCUGGGGUACCAUGGUCCAACGUGUACUAUUCCUAUUAGCUGGAGACCGUGACCAUAUCUGAGAUGCAGUUUGAUGAUCAUAAUAGUAUCUCGAUCCACUUGCCUAAGAUUUGUAUCUAUUUUUUAUUGGCUUCUGGCUAGUAACAUCCAUUCCCUCCUCUUCCUAGGGGUCCCUACUGUUCGGCGCUGUGGGCGCCAAUGACUGGAGUGGAGGAGUGAUCUUAAAACACCCCAAGGAGAAUAAGGUCACCUUCUUAAAUGGGUCAUCCUCAGAGCCAAGGUUCUCCUACUUAGGUAAGUUAUGGGACAUGUAAUCUCGGUUACCCAGAAGUAAAAUUCACGCAAAGGUUAAUUUGUCCACGAGAGAUUAUGGGACAUGCAGUUUCAGACAAAGUUUUUGAAGGUUUUAGUUUUGUAUUCCUUAUCCUCAUCCCGGGGCCAUAACUGAAGGUCAGAGCUGCCAACUCUCACGCAUUAGCCAUGAGACACACGAAUUUGGCCCUCUUCUCACAGCACACCUCAUAUAUUUCACGCAUUGAAAAGUACUGCUUUUAUUUUUCUAAUUAGUCCAUUAUAUAGUCAGCGUGUUAAGUUUUCAACUGUGCUCCAAAUCAUUUUGAAAUCGGAGCAUCUGCAAUUUAACAUCACGAGCGGAACCUCUAUCAUUGUCCUGUCUUGCCACAGCACUGUGAACUGUGGCACAUUGAAGCAUGUGAUUGGUCUAGUUAUGUAAGGGAUCAAGGGGAUUGGAUCCAUGUUUUAAAGAAACGCCCCUCAAGGUUAGAGCAGCUGAAUAAGGAGAGAGAACGUUCUCCGCUGAGUUUAUAAAACUGUAAAAAGAGCAGCAUGGUAGCGUUGUUUUAUGUACAAUGUUGUCAACAAAAUGAGGUUGCUGUUACUCCAGUCCCUAUUGCAGAAUACAGCCUUUUGACAGCAUGUACUAAAGUCGAUUUAAUCGCAACUUGCAUUAGUCCCCUCUUUUGGUGAUUGGUAUUUAGGUUGUGACAACGAAAAGGCAGCAGACAGACCUUCACAGUAUGUUUGGUAGGGUUACCUGAUUUGUAACUCUGAAAAUCAUUUUGACAAACAGAUUUUGAACCCAAAAGUGUAAGUUUGAUUCUAGAGGGGGGACAAUACACAAUAAUUUGGUUAGGGUGUAGGGACAGAUUUAUGUAAUCUUGUCUUCAAGAGAUUUUAUUAUCUAUUUACAUGAUUUAGUCUGAUCAGUGGAACAAUUCUCAUUCUUAACAAUGGGCUAAAAUAUAGGGUAAUUACUGUGCUUGUCAGCAAGAACAUGACUGUUAUUCCCCACACUUGUUUUAUUAUUCCACUUCUUCCAGAUGUUGCAAGUGUAAUCACAUAUUUGAAAUCUGAUUUGCCUACUUGUAUUUUUGCAGCCAUUCAUGGACAGUUUUGAAUAAGUCAUAAAAAUAAGCAUUUGAUAUUAAAUGCUCCAGGAAUCAAAUAUAAUUUGUGACAUUUUAGUAUUGUGCACAAGCUAAGCGGAAAUGGUAGGGGGACUCUCAAUUCAUAAAAGCACCAUAUUUUGUCUAUGUAGAGGAAGAUGAUGGCAAGGAUCUUCAACUAGGAGGCAUAAACCACCUGAAUAUUGAUAUUCAUUCGAUUUUUCUUGAAGGUUGGGGGAUUUUGUGAAAUUAGCCCUAUUUUUAAAGUGAGAGUUCACCCAAAUUACAAAAUAUAUUUUGGUUACCCACUGCCAUCAACCAUUAAUAUUUACAUUUCCUGUGCAGAACCUUGGUGUGGUGGUAACACUCCCCAGCACAUGUCGCAUACAACUUUCCACCUGAGAACAGGGAUCAGUCCCUGCUUCCAACCUUCCCACUGUUUCUAGAAUCUCAUUUCAUUGCCAUCUGAAUAAAGUGUAAAACCACCUAAAAAAUAUUAGCAUGCUUUAAAUUUUAUCCCCAAAAAUCUAAAAGUAACAAAGUUGUAGAAUUUGGAGUGUUCAUUUAAUGUUCAAAGCAUCCUGAAUACACCUGACCUGUGGUUUUAUUUUUUAAAUGUCCACGCUGGUCAUAUGCCUAAGCCAUAUCAAAAUACAUAGAAUUGCAGGAAAUUACCUUUAACACAGUACUGGGGGAGGAUUCUCAGUCCCCCUUCUAGGUGUUGUGCCAGGGGGGCAAUGAAAUUCACAUAGCAUAUCUCACUCCAAGCUUUCUUCAAAAGUGGCAGCCCUUCUUGAAUGUAUUCUGUUAACUUCUGUCUGUGUGUCCCAGGUUACAGUGUUGUGUCUGCCAUGGCCACCUCAGGGACUCUGUACAUCUCAGGGGCCCCUCGUCACAGCCUGACUGGGGGGGUCUUCGUCUUCAAUGCAACUUCACACAAACUGCAGGAAAUACUACUGGGUGACCAGGUAGGUCUAUGUGUAUAACAGAUAUAUUGUGAAAUCCAUCUAAGAAAUAAACUUGGACAGGUACUGUAUCCAUCUUUCGUUCCACUGUUAAGAGUACACAACCUGAUGCUUACUGCCAUCUUGUGGAGGUUACAAAUAAUAACCAAAAUCUCCACUCUACAGGUGGGCUCUUACUUUGGCUCUGUGCUGUGUGCCCUGGACUUUAACGGGGACACUAAGACAGACUACCUGCUUGUAGGAGCACCGUACUUCCACCAGAGAGGAGAGGAGGGCAGAGUGAUCAUCUUCAAGCUAAACCAGGUCAGUAGAAAUGCACUCAUAAAAUUGUGUUUCAGUGCUCAGAACUGUACUUUUCUGAUGGUUGUGAGGGUUGUGUCCUAGGCCAAGGGUGAGUUUGAUAAGGAGUCCUGGGAGUGGCAUGGGCUGGACAGCUAUGUAUUUGCCAGAUUCGGUUCAGCCAUCUCUUCUGUUGGAGACCUGGACGGGAACGGAUACAACGACGUGGCAGUUGGAGCUCCUCUGGAGGAAGAUGAGAUAUGUGGCUGUUCUGGAAGCAUCUAUAUCUAUAACGGAGUCCAAGAAGGACUUCAGAGGGACCACUCACAGGUGAUUUUGUAGAAGUCUAGCUUGCUGACAAAGAGCCUCUUACAAUGAUCCUGAUGCCUGCAGUGAAAGGACUUUAUACAGAACCCAAACAUAACAUCACUCAUAGUGUUUUCAUGAAUUAACAUGCGGUUAAUGAUUAUGACAAGUGUUCAUGACUUGUUCUUACUUCUAGAGAAUUAAAGCUGCAGAGUUUGAGACAAAACUCCGCCACUUUGGCCAGUCUGUGAGUGCCUUCUCUGACAAAAAAGGUGCUGACAGGAGGAGACAGCUUCACAUCAUUGUCGGGAGCCAAGGCACUGUCACUGUCCUGAGGUGAGUAUAGACAGCAGGAAUAUAUGUACAGGAAGCCCUGUACUGUAUAUGUCCACCACAGAUGUGUAUACUGUUUCAUUUAGUAGAAUGCUUUUAAAAAAAAAGGUGCUACCUAGAAUCCCAAAGGGUUCUUCGGCUGUCCCUGUAUGAAUCGCUUUACGGUUCUAGGUAACAACUUGUUUAAAGAGUAUAUGCGCUGUCCAUUUACUGAAUAAUCUCUAAACUCUGAAUGUCUACCAGAACAAUCCCUGUCAUCGUGUUUAAACCCAAGCUGACCAUGAAGCCUAACACCAUCCCCACAUCCGCGCAGACAAACACAAAAACCAAGAAGGAGCAGGUCACCCUGGCCAUCUGCUUCCAAACACAAAAGGGAAAUAUUGACAGUAUGUCCAGUACAGUUCUCAUCACCCAUCGUCUCAGUUGACAUAAACUAGAAAAUGUAGAUGUAUUUGCUUGGAAUUUACAGAAUCACUUAUUUUGUUCCAUGAUUUGUUUGUCUUUCAGCUGAUGAACAACUUCCCAUAUCUUACAACAUAGAUCUGGAUGCAGGUCAAAACAAAAAGCGUCUGUCUUUUGAGGACAAGGCAAAUGGGGAAGGCAUUUUCACUAUACUAUCUGAUACAGACUGCCUUAACCCCAUCAAACUGUUUUUUACGGUAGGUUUCUGAGGCAUCUACAUACAUGACAAAUAUUACAACGGUCUUUAAAUCUCUAUUUUGAAGUAUGAACAGUCUCCAGUAAGACUUGCUGAUGAAACUGAAUCACACGAGAGAGAGGGAUAGGCACAUGUAGUUUUUUCUCUCUUUCAGGGUUGCUAUGACUGCUUCUCACCGAUAGAGGUCAAGCUAAACUUCAAGUUGAAUACCACUGAACCACCUCUCCGCAUUCUGGAUUUCUUUACUCCCACAGAGUUCACAGAAAAGGUGAGCAUUUGGUAGACUACUCAACAAAUUUGUGAAAAACUGUUCAAGCCUAAUUCUUAAUUAUAAUAAUUAUGUUAUCAUAUGUGCUGUCAAUUGAAAUCUUCAGAUUCAAUUUGAGAAGGAGUGUGAGAUUAAAGACAAAUGCAUGGCAAACAUAUCCCUAUCUGAUUCAAGGCUGAGGUAAAUUAGUUUUCAAUCACAAUGCUAUUAUUUAUCUUCUCCUAUCUACAAACACUUAUUUUUAACAAGGUGGAAAUAAUUAGUCAUUGAUUUGAUACCCAAACAGAUUAUAUAUUGUCCUUUUUAUCCUGUCAUUUGUGUAACAGCAAGGAUAUGGUCAUAAUCGGAUCGACCCAGAACUUGAUGAUUGACUUCAAUCUGACCAACAUUGGGGAUAGUGCCUACAUGACAACACUUGUUCUGGCAUAUCCCAACAUGCUCCUUUUUAACAAGUUCACAACGGUAAUUCCUCCUCACUGAAACAAAAAUCAAUUUGUUGAGUCCUGAGAACUAGAUUUGAGGUUGGAAAUAUUAGGUCAGCUUUGUUGCAUUGACUGACAAAGGAGUCAGCAACUGACUGACUAUUGAUCUGUUCAUCAUUCACAGAAAAUGGAAGGGUCUGUUUGUGAGAACCAAAUUAAAGAGAAUAUUUCUUGUUUGAAGUGUCAUCUCUUACACCCAGUCUUCAAGAAAAAUACCCAGGUACCGAUACCCACCAUGACUUAACUAAUACAGCCUAGUGGCAUUACUCAAGCCAAAUGUCUCCCAUCAAAAUUGAAAUGUCAUUUUUCUCUGACCUGUCAGCAUGUUUCUUUUUUGUUUUGAUACCCUAGGUCAAUUUCUCCAUCUCCUGGCAGCCUUUGAACAAGAAAUCAGAGAUGCGAGAGGCUGAGAUCACAGCAAACCUAACAUGGUUUGAAACUUUCCAUACCGAUACUUCUUAAAAUGUAGCAUUUUACUAUUUUAUUUUAAUGAAGUUGUCUACAUUUUCCCUUCCUAUCGUUGUUUUUAGUGAGAAUGGUGGCACCCAGGUUUUGGAUUUUAAGACGUACCACUUUGGAAUAAAGAAUGCUUUAAAGGUCCAACUGACUGGGUGGGUUAAGACUGAACGACAGUAAGACAGGGAUGAUUUCAAGGCAGAGAAUGUCUUUAUAGAUCCUACUUAACGCUGUUGAAUGUUGGAUUUCAAUUCCAUUCAAUUCAACUUUAUUUUUCUGCUACCUUGUUGUUUACAGGGAGGCCACACCGAACAUUAUCAAAUUCACGGACAAAACCAUUGAGAAGAAAGACCUGACAUUUAAGUUUCAGGUAUGCUUGCUUUGUUUCCGUAUGUGGUUGUGUUUCUAUAAUGUGUUCAAAUCAAAUCAAAUUAAAUUGAUUUAUAAAGCCCUUUUUUACAUCAGCAGAUGUCACAAAGUUCUAUACAGAAACCCAGCCUAAAACCCCAAACAGCAAGCAAUGCAGAUGUAGAAGCACGGUGGCUAGGAAAAACUCCCUAGAAAGGCAGGAACCUAGGAAGAAACCUAGAGAGGUACCACGCUCUGAGGGGUGGCCAGUCAUCUUCUGGUGGAGAUUACAAGAGUACAUGGCCAUUAAGGCCAGAUUGUUCUUCAAGAUGUUGAAACGUUCAUAGAUGACCAGCAGGGUCAAAUAAUAAUCACAGUGGUUGUAGAAGGUGCAACAGGUCAGUACCUCAGGAGUAAAUGUCAGUUGGCUUUUCAUAGCCGAGCACUCAGAGGUCGAGACAGAAGGUGCGGUAAAGAGAGAGAAAGAGGGAGAGAGAGAGGGAGAGAGAGAUGGAGAGAGAGAUGGAGAGGGAGAGAAAGAGGGAGAGCAGAAGAGUCGAAAACAGCAGGUCCAGGACAAGGUAGAACGUUCGGUGAACAGGUCAGGGUUCCAUAGCCGCAGGCAGAACAGUUGAAACUGGAGCAGCAGCACGACCAGGUGGACUGGGGACAGCCAGGAAUCAUCAGGCCAGGUAGUCCUGAGUCAUGGUCCUAGGGCUCAGGUCCUCCGGGAGGGGAGGGAGAGAGGGAGAGAGAGAGAAUUAGAGGGAGCAUACUUAAAUUCACACAGGACACCAGAUAAGACAGGAGAAUUACACCAGAUAUAACAGACUGACCCUAGCCCGCCGGCACAUAGACUAUUGCAGCAUAGAUACUGGAGGCUGAGAUGGGGGGGGGGGGACGAUACUACCGCACAGGGCCAACCAGGCAGGAUAUAACCCCACCCACUUUGCCAAAGCACAGCCCCCACACCACUAGAGGGAUAUCAACAGACCACCAACUUACUGAAUAUAGCCCACGAAGAUCUCCUCCACCGCACAAGCUCGAGGGGGCGCAAAACCGGACGGAAGAUCACGUCAGUGACUCAACCCACUCAAGUGAUGCACCCCUCCUAGGGACAGCAUGGAAGAGCACUAGAAAGCCAGUGACUCAGCCCCCGUAAUAGGGUCAGAGUCAGAGAAUCCCAAUGGAGAGAGGGGAGCCGGCCAGGCAGAGACAGCAAGGGAGGUUCGUCGCUCCAGUGCCUUGCCAUUCACCUCGCACCCCUGGGCCAGACUACACUCAAUUAUAUGAUGAGAUGAGUCUUCAGUAAAGACUUAAAGGUCGAGACCGAGUCUGCGUCUCUCACAUGGGCCGACCAUUCCAUAAAAAUGUUGCUCUAUAGGAGAAAGCCCUGCCUCCAGCUGUUUGCUUAGAAAUUCUAGGGAAAGUAAGGAGGCCUGCGUCUUGUGACCGUAGCGUACGUGUAGAUAUGUACGGCAGGACCAAAUUGGAAAGAUAGGUAGGAGCAAGUCCAUGUAAUGCUUUGUAGGUUAGCAGUAAAACCUUGAAAUCAGCCCUAGCCUUAACAGGAAGCCAGUGUAGAGAGGCUAGCACUGGAGUAAUAUGAUCAAAUAUUUUGGUUCCAGUCAAGAUUCUAGCAGCCGUGUUUAGCACUAACUGAAGUUUAUUUAGUGCUUUAUCCGGGUAGCCGGAGAGUAGAGCAUUGCAGUAAUCUAAUCUAGAAGUGACAAAAGCAUGACAAAAGCAUGUUUGCGUCUUUAAUGUGUUUGCUGAAAGCAAACCCACUCUAGAAUUGUACAUAUAUAUUAUUAUUCCGCCCACUCUAGUGCUUAAACCACCUAUAAGCUAUCGACACCAAACAAACGUUAGAAUGUACAGACUGUUCCAACUUAUAAAAUAUUUGUUUAUGCUAUUAAUACUUUGUGUACCAUAACCUCAUUUGCAUAAAUUAGCAUAACACGUCAUGAAUUCGAUGUCAACCAUAAGAACACAGUGACAUUUCAAAUGCUACUGCUCGUUAACCAUUUCAGCUACAAACAUUUAAAAAACUAACAUUUUCAAAACGUUAUAAACGAUAACAAUUCAAAUUAGCUCAAAUUAGCAUAAAAUAACCCAGGCUAUCUUAUCCUAUCAAUCAAGUGAUCCUUCAAGACAAGCGAGCAAGCACACUAAUUUUCUUCAGGAAAUUUACUUUUCUAGUUCUAUAAUGUGAAUGUUUGCAUCUUUCUACAAAUAUUUUCUCCCUUCCAGCUUCACGGUGAGAACAAACACAACACAACUAUAUACGUCAACGUUACAAUAACAGUACAGGCGCAUGACACCAAAAUGACAAUCAAGAGUACUACACCUAAGGUAUGUUAAAAACAUCCAAACAUUUCUAUUGUUGUAAUAUUUGGUACCCAGUGUUCGUCCCUGACAUAAUCAUUUGGUUUGGAUUACAGGAGAGAUGUGUGAUCCCUGCAAAUGCAGAAGUAAAAGUGAGUUUCAUCCUUUCUCAUUACACCUACAGUAUAACAUAAAAUGAUUCAUGAAAUCAAAAUAUUAUACAGCAUAUUUAUCUUAAUAUGUCAGCAGAAAUGACAAAUAAGAAAUAUAUUAGCCAAAGUAACUUAUAUCUACAAUGGUUAAAUGUCACUAUUUUAUCAUAAUGAGAACAUGUUGCCUUUUGAGUAGUAAAUAUGUGUUAUUCCGCCAGGCCUUCGGAGAGUAUCUCAUUCAGUGUGCGGUCACAGAUGUACAGGAAAUCACGGUUGAGGCUGAGGCUUCAAUCAGAGAAGUUCAGGUUGGUAGAUGCACCUUUAUUGACUUCCUCUGCAAUAUAGAGUUGAAGAUCCUUACGCAUUUUAUGAUUUUUAUGGUCAAAAUGCUUUGUUGUGACCAUCCAUCAUCAAUCAUUACAGGGUAAAUCUGAGAAGAUUACAGCUAAAGCCACUCUGGGAUUUGAUGAAGACCAAUUCGAAGCACUGGAAUUGAGAUCGAUGGAAUCGGUGGGUUAAACGUUCAAUAUCAAAAUCAAAUCAAAUCAAAUUUUAUUGGCCACAUGCGCCGAAUACAACAGGUGCAGACAUUACAGUGAAAUGCUUACUUACCAACAGUGCAUUUAUUUUUAAUAAAAAAGUAAAAUAAAACAACAACAAAAAAGUGUUGAGAAAAAAAGCAGAAGUAAAAUAAAAUAACAGUAGGGAGGCUAUAUAUACAUGGGGAUACCGGUGCAGUCAAUGUGCGGGGGCACCGGCUAGUUGAGGUAGUAUUAACAAUAAUAGAGAUGUCCGAUUUAAAAAAUAGAAUAGAUAGUCCAAAAAAGUAUAUUUAUUCAUUUACAUAUAUUAUUGGAAAAGUUUAACUAUCUUGCUCUGUCUGCUCUGCUUUGUGGUUCUGCUUCUUAGGUGGAGGUGAUGAUAAUCAAACUGGUAGUGGAGAAAUCAUUACCCGUCAUCAUCGGAGGCUCCAUUGGAGGCUUUCUAUUCCUAGCCAUAAUCAUUGUCAUACUCGUUAAGGUAAUAAUGAGUGUUUUAGAUGUUUUUGUACAUCAAAUACAUGUUAAACUACUUUAGCUGGGCUUGAUUGAGCUUGCAUGAACCAAUAGAAUAGUCAUAGAAGUGCAAACACUGCCAAUCUAGCACUCAAGACAGGCUAAAUCAAACACAAAAAAUAUUUGAAAGAUUUCAAUUUGAACCCAGGUCUGACUGCAAUGUGUGUACAGUACAUUCAUUCGGUUAAAGUAUCAAGGCACCACUAUUCUAAUCUUUCCUUUUUGAACUCGCAGUGUGGCUUUUUCAAACGACGCCAUCAAGAGGAUAAAGCAAUAGAUACUGAGUGAUGCUCUGUCACUGGUAAGAUUAGUGCUAAAUGCUAAAUUAGCUAUUUGAAAGCUGGGAUUUUACCAUAAAUAAACAUUCCCACUGUACACUGGAUCUGCAUGGUGUUCCUCUGAACUUUAGCCUUAGCAGCCAAAAUGCCCAUAAGGAAUUUGCAUUGUUGAGUGAUUUAAUGAGAACUUUAAAAUAUGACAAAGCCAUGUGAUCCAAGAGACACUUUGUUUUGAGUAUUUUGUUAAAUAUUUUGUAGUAUUUUUUUUUGUAUUUCACAUUUCUACAUAUUCAGAUAAUUGACUUAUAGCCUACUGUGAUGACUGUUUUAAAAUAUGUUAUAUUGUACGGUUUUAUAUAACAUAUUACUCAAUUAAAAUAUAGCACACUUUUUCAAAUUUACUCAGAUUUGUAUUAUGAGAACUUUGAAAUAUGACAAAGCCAUGUGAUUCAUGAGCCACUUUGUUUUGAAUUUGUUAAUUAUUUUGUUACCUAUUGUAUAUUUCUACAAAUGGAGAUAAUUGACUUACACUGUGAUGAUGUCUGUGUUUUUAAAGUAUUCUAUACUGUAAGGUUUACUAUAAAAUAUGUCUCAUAUUUCUAGUGUACAUUUAUGUUUACAUACAGUGGCGGAAAAAAGUAUUUAGUCAGC